UGACACAGCUGUCGGGGGACUCAGCAAACAGUCUGCAGUUUCUGGAGCUGCUCUGAGGCAUCCCAAUGCCUGUGGAUGGCCCAUCUGGGUGGCCAGCCCUGCUCUCCCUGCUUCUGGCCGUGGCGAUGCCUUUUUUCUGCUCAGCCAUAUCCAUAGAUGAAGCAUGGAACCAGCUGUUGAUGAGAGAGAAGAUGAUGCAGCUGGGGGGGCAGCUGGUGCUGACCGAACAGGAGGAGCUAGCCAAUGAGAGGCUCAUGGCCCUCAAAAAGGCUGAGGUGACACAGGCGAUGAGGACCCAGAAGUUCCCUCCCAGCAUGCACUUUUUCCGGGCCAAGACUCUCAUUGAGAAAAGUGAGGUGUUUAAUAUCCUGAAGAAGAUGCCAAAAGGGGCUGCCUUACACGUCCAUGACUUCAGCAUCCUGAGUAUGAACUGGCUGGUGAAAAAUGUCACGUACAGGCCCCACUGCCAUUUCUGUGUCACCCCAAGCGGGUACUUGAAGUUCAAAUUUGCUUAUCCAGCGCCCCCCACUCCUAAACCAGCAGAGUGUUCGGAGUGGGUUUUGUUGGAGAAAUAUCGAAAGGAGCUACAGAAUGUCACUGAGUUUGACAACAGACUUCUUCAGACUUUCACUCUGAUGACCGAGAACCCUGAGGUGGCUUAUGCAAACCAAGAUGCUGUCUGGUCCAAGUUUAAUAGUAUCUUCUUCACAAUCUCUGGCCUUGUCCACUAUGCACCAGUGUUCAGAGACUAUGUCUUCCAGGCACUGGAGGAGUUCUACCAGGACAAUGUACUUUACCUGGAGCUCAGAGCCAUGCUGUUCCCGGUGUAUGAACUGAAUGGGACUGUCCAUAGCCAAGAGUGGUCAGUGAAGACUUACAGAGAAGUGGCUUGUAUGUUUGCAGAAAAGCAUCCUGGGUUUAUUGGAAUCAAAAUCAUUUAUUCGGAUCACAGAGUCAAAAAUGUGUCCUUCAUCAUGAAAUCCAUCCAAACAGCCAUGACGCUCCGAACCAUGUUCCCUAGGAUGGUGGCAGGGUUUGACCUGGUGGGGCAUGAGGACACUGGCCACUCCUUGUAUGACUACAGGGAGGCUUUGAUGAUUCCCACCUUGCAUGGCGUUAAACUGCCUUACUUUUUCCAUGCUGGAGAGACAGACUGGCAGGGUACUUCCAUAGAUAGAAACCUUCUGGUUGCUCUAAUACUGAACUCUACCAGGAUUGGCCAUGGAUUUGCUUUGACCAAACACCCAGCAGUCUGGGCUGACUCCUGGAAGAAGGACAUCCCCAUAGAAGUCUGUCCCAUCUCCAACCAGGUUCUGAAACUGGUGUCUGACUUGAGAAACCAUCCUGCUGCUGUUCUGAUGGCCACUGGGUACCCCAUGGUGAUCAGUUCUGAUGACCCGGCAGUCUUUGGUGCCAAAGGCUUGUCCUAUGAUUUCUAUGAGGCCUUCAUGGGUAUUGGGGGAAUGGCAGCUGAUCUGAGGACACUCAAACAACUGGCCAUGAACUCUAUCAGAUUCAGCACCUUGAUGGAUAUUGAUAAAAAAGCUGCCAUGAAAACCUGGGAGGAGAGAUGGAAUAAGUUUGUAGCUGACCUGGCCAGGAGGCCAAAGUGAGAAGACAGUCACUUAUUACCCUAUUCCUCUGCUUCCCUCUGUAAGCUGUUUUCACCUUCUGUCAAUCAUUCUUGAACCCACACCAGUAUAGUUUCUACCUCCAUUCCUUUAUCAAAAUUGACAUCAUGAAGGUCAUCAAUGGCCUCGACACUGAUUAUCCUCUCAGGAACGCUUAAACAUUCUACCAGACUCAUCAUUUUGAAAUAUUCUUUUCUCUCAACCCCAGUGACAUCAACACUCUUGGUUUCCUCCUUUCUCUCUGGCCAUUGCUUCUAGGGUCCCUUUGCCAGUUGCUCUUCUCUAUCAGAUUUCUGUGUCGGAUUUCCUCAGGACUUAGUUUUGCCUCUCUUCUAUUCAUGCCUCUGCUUCUUCUCCUCUUCCUUUUCUCUUACUCUAUAGUGUUUUCCUGGUAGUCUCAUUCACUCCUUUGCUUUUAAAUACUAUUUAUUUGCCGAUGAUUCCCAAAUUUAUUUAUUUACUUGGAUCCUUCACAAGAAUCUCAGAAACCUACUAUGUGCAAUUCUCAAUCUCUCCCUUUUAACCUUUUCCUGGUCUUUCCCAUCUUGGCAAAUGUCACCUCCAUCCAUUCUACCCAGGUGUUGAGAGCAGAAAUUUUCAGUGAAAUUGUUGAUACUGCUCUCUCCCCUGUUCCCUGCAUCAAAAUGUAUCUUGAAUCUUCCAUGCCUCUCUACCUGUGUUGCUAUUGGCUGAGUUCAAACCACUAUCAUUUCUUGUCUGAGUUAUAACGGUCUCUUAAUUGAGCUCUCUUUCUUCUCUUUGACUUCAUUUCAUUUUUCACAGAGCAAUGGCUUUUUAAAAAUUAAAUUAAAUUAGGUUACACUGCUUACAACUCAGUGCUCUUAGAAAAAUCCAAAUGUUUCAACAGGGCAUGUGGCAUCCUAUUUAACCUGGAUUCCUUUCAGCAUCAUCCUACCCCAGUCUCCCCCAGUGUACCAGACGUUGGCCUCACUGGUCCUUUGUUCCUCAAAUAUCCCAAACCCUAUGCUGCAUCAGAGUCUUUUCUCAUUCUUUCUGACUGGGAUAUUCUUUCUUUCCACUUUUGUCUGAUUCCUGUUCACCCUUAAGGUUUCACAUUUCAUGUCAUUGUCUCAGAAAUGUUUCCUAGACCCCUAACCUAUUAAUAUCUCUCAUGGCACCUUGCUUUUUUCCUUCAUGACUCUUAGCAUAAUUUGUAAUUAUAUAUUUAUUUCUGUGUUGAUAGUCUCCCUCCCACCAGACUGUAAGCUCCAUGUGAGCAGGAGCUAAUGAUUGUUUCAUGUACAUUGUGAACACAGAGCCUAGCUCCAUGCCCCAAACCUAGUUAGUAUUCAAUAAAAGAUGUGUUGAAUGAAUGGA